AUCCUGGUGGCUCGUGUAGAGCACAAGUCCAAUUCUUGUCCUUGUUGGGUGUCAUUUUUCUCAAAAUCCCUUCACUGACUCGAGUUUCCUGACUCGGAUUCAGAUCACGCUUCUCUUUCGCUGCAAUUCUUCAGCAAAAACAACAAAGAAGAAGAAGAAGAAGAAGCGGAAAAAACCCUAGGACCCAGAUUGAGCUUCGGCGGUUAAUGCGAGAGAGAGAGAGAGAAGGAGAAAUGGAUCAACGGAAGACAGACAAUAAUUUAGCAGCGGACUCAGCGCCGUCGACCUCUCAGCCUCCCAAUCGCUCCCACAACUCGCACCCAGAUGCCAGACAAGGGGUUGAUGCGGAAAUAAAGGACCCAGUUGCGGCAAGGAAAGUUCAGAAGGCUGACCGUGAGAAGUUGAGGAGGGAUCGAUUGAAUGAGCAAUUUCUCGAGCUGGGGAACACGUUAGAUCCGGAUAGGCCCAAGAAUGACAAGGCAACAAUCCUUGCAGACACGAUCCAAGUGCUGAAGGAUUUAACUGCUGAAGUCAACAGACUAAAGGCCGAGUGUACAGGACUUACUGAAGAAUCACAUGAGCUAAUGCAGGAGAAGAACGAGCUCAGAGAAGAGAAGUCAUCAUUAAAAUCUGAUAUUGAAAAUCUUAAUGUUCAGUAUCAGCAAAGACUCAGGGUUAUGUUCCCAUGGUCUGCCAUUGAUCCUUCUGUUGUUAUGGGUCCACCUUAUUCGUACCCAGUUCCUGUACCUGUCCCUGCAGGUCCGAUCCCUAUGCACCCAUCUCUGCAGCCCUUUCCCUUCUUUGGAAAUCAGAAUCCUGGAGCCAUUGCUAAUCCCUGUCCAACUUUCAUCCCUUAUCCAACUCCUCCUAACCCUCCAAUGGAGCAGCCACCGACCCAAUAUGCGUCCAGUUCCCAGAUUUCAAGCAAACAAGAUCCCAAAAGUAAGUCAUCAGAUCAUCAGAAGGCCAGCGAUGUUGAAAGAUGUGACGAUUCUAACGACGUGGCAACAAAACUUGAACUGAAGAUGCCUGGAUCAUCUGCACAACAGGAUUUAUCUUCUGUAGGAAGGAAGGGCAAGCAAUCACAGAGGAAGGGCAGAAGUGUUACGGAAAAUGGCUCUUCAAGCAGGUAUUCUUCCUCUCAAGGUCUUCAAGAUAGCCCCUCCAACAGUGUGGGUGACAUGCCUAAGUCCAAAAACUGAGAAUUUUUUGGUUCUGUAUCCGCUGACAGCAUCGAACUGCUAACCUUUCAAGGUGUGUCUUCUGUGACACCUUGUACUAAUGUCCUCCCGGGCUUUCAGAAAUGGCUUAAGUUCUGAUCAUCUCCUCUAACUGAAUCUCUGGUUCGAAAGCACAGGGUUUUCUUUUGCUGGUUAGGAGCCAUUUGUUAAUGGGGGCUUGCUGCAUUGUUCUCCCUCACAGCUGGCCCUAGUAGGGCUUGGAGGCACAGGCACUGGUUGGACCCUGCCAUUUAAUUGAGCUAUCUGAAACAAGGUUCUAUUAUUCUAUGUGGUCAAGGAUUCUCUGUGAUUAGGCUGUCUAAAUUUCACAGAAAUUCAGGCAGCCUAAGAGAGGGAGGCUGCAAGGCCCACCUACCCCGAGUAACCUAGGAUGCGGGGUAAAUCUGCCAUGGGCAGGUGGACCUCACAAUCCCCCCUCUCUCAAGCAGCCAAAUAACAAGGAAUUUCAAUCCACUCCAUACUCAGAAAUGUUUUUAACAUGUUUUGAGAACCUUUGUCGCAUAGAUGAAUGUGUUUGUAAUUAUAUGUAGGAUGUCCCUUACACUUCUAUCUGUUGGCACAAUUCACUUGUAAAUGGCUAAUUGGCACUUUUAGUUAUGUUAUCAGUCCUUCUGGCCUUGGCCUUUCACAUAAUAUAAUUAUGUACCACCUGGAUUUUCAUGUAAAGAAGCAUGGAAAACUGUCUCGAAACAAACACACAGGAACUCUUUUUGAUGACA